GCAGAGUUGAUGAAAUAUCGAACCACUAAUGGUGCAUUUUGCCUGGAGGAAAUUGAUGAAGACUUUACACCGGAGCCAUCUGCAUGGUUUACAACGUUCGUCCUGAAGUCUCUGUGUUCCGCCGGAACACUACUAAAUGUUGACGAAUACAUUCUGGAAGAAGGGUAUGAGUGGCUGCUGAAUCAGGUCAGCGGAUCCAACUCAAGAGGAUUCGAGAUUGAAGAAGAAGAUCCCCGGUUCAUCGAUGAAGAAGAACAGCAGCUCUUGGCAGAGGUCCUAAUAUCGUCAUUCGGCUGCUCCUAUCCGAUGUCUCAAAGAACUUCAAUAAAAAGGAACUCUUUAAAACAAUGGUGGUCAAGAAUGUCAAGGUCAAGGCUACGUAGGAUGACCCCACUUACCUUGGCCAAAGUAGCUUAUGCCAGACAGAGUCUGAACUACUUUGAUUCGACGUGGGAGACAGCAGUGCGGGAACUGAAACGAAAGAGAACACGUAGUUCAGCUGGGUACUACUUUUGGUCUAAUGAGUAUCACGACGCCCACGAGCCAAUCAUGUACGAGACACGACCGCAUUCAGAGACAAUUGAAGCCACAGCCUACUCCCUGUUGGUGUUUGUGAAAGUCAACUCGAGACUGGCCUGCAGAUCCAGACGACGACGAGGGCGUGCUUAUCGUCAAUGUAGAAACAUGUACAUUAAUCCCCAUGAGAUCGCUGAUUGGCUGAUACAGUGGAGAAAUGGGAAAGGAUUGUUCGUUGGAGCUACGGAUACAGCCGUGGCUACGGAGGCUCUGGCUUCCUACAGGGAAUCUAAGGUGAUCCAUGAAACCAAUCUGGACGUCAAUGUUACAGCGUCUCCAUCAGAAAACUUCACACACAGAAUGAUGUUUGAUGAAGAGGAUGCCUUCCUACCCCAGUCUCUCCAAGAUGUGCCCCUGGGACAAAAUCUGCAUGUCUUCACAGCCGGAGAGGGCAUUGGUCAGAUGCACGUGGACGCCAGCUACAAUGUCCCAGUCGACGUGAACGCUGACUGCCAGUUUACCAUGAAUGUUACACGAUUUGAUCUGGAUUAUGAGAGACUGCGUGAAGGCAACACUGGCGUCUGUUCGGUGUGUGGUCCACGACUUACGUGCCCUAAGGGGGACCGUUUCACGUGCUCUAUUGAAUCAGAUGUCGCUGGCAUCAAUGCCCCACCCACUUACUGUUUAAACGUGUGUUUGAAAUAUAACGGCAACUUCAACCAUGGCAAGACCUUUAUCCGCGUUCGUAUGCUGAGUGGCUAUGUUCCCAAUGAAUGUGACCUUCAAGAGAUAGAGGGGGAACGCGUUGUCUCGGCUACCUUCAAUGACGACUACGUUCUGAUACAGCUGAGAAGGGUGAGCGCAGAAGAAGAAGAGUGCGUAGGCUUCCGUAUUAUGAAGAUCAGUGACGUAUUCCGUAUUAAGCCUGCCACAGUCACACUACGGAGCUUCAAUGUGGACGAAUGGACGUGUCCACGAACGUAUGAGAGUGGGGAUAACGUAGUCAGCACGCCUUUCUAUUGUCCACUUCAGGUCAAUGACCAGAUGAGAGGAUGCAGCUGUAUAAACGAUAAGUGUGUGGAUUGCGGUCGGCGAAACACCCCGGGAAGGACUCAGCUCCGCGCCCUGGCGGGAGCCUCGACGUAUGCCUUCAAGCUACGAGCGCUGGCAAUGGAGGAACACAAUGGCUACAGACAUCUGAUGUUUAACGUUGAAGAAGACUUAAAGCCAUGUGUCGGUGACAUGGCCCAGCAACACGUGACGUUUGUGACAAGACAAGAGUGUGGGUGUCCUGUGUUCACGGAAGGAGAGCUGUACUGGGUGCUGGGAAAGGACUUCAACAGAUACACAGAUGAGCACGGAAAUAACAGUUUUAAGUUUUUCCUCAACGCAAAUUCGUACCUUCUGUCCUCGGCGCUGUCGUCGAACUUUCCCCGACAUUCUGUAGACAUUACCAGAGCCUAUCGUAGUACUGCGGGAAGAACAUGCAACUAAAGCUCUCAGGUAUCGACGCAUCUUUCGAACCGACUUCAUUUGGGCUUCCUUGACAACGCGACAUGCGAAGAGAGCACCCAGACCUUUCGGACGCAGAUCCGACUAAAUACGUACAUGGGAUGUUGGUGUAGACAGGAUAUUGAAAUCACACAGCUCCAUGUUUUCACAUACCUUUACGUACUAUUAUAAAGCAAUAACAAUUGAAAACAAGGCAAUACUUGGCCGCAAGGAUCCUCAAAUGAGUAUACGUUUGUUUGUAUUUUUUACACCAUAAACAUGGAUGACCCAUUGUUUCUUUAUUUCGACUUGUACACUACUUUUUAUGUUGUGUAAACUGUACAAUGUUUAACGGAGAUGUGUGAAUAUAAUCUUCUAUUGAAUAAACGUUAAUGUUGCC